AUGUGGGGUGGUGGUAAUCCGUAUGGAUAUGGGACUACGCAAGGCUUUUUUGGACAAGAUUUCUCCGGUCAAGGUUUUCCUGGAGGUUUCAAUCAAGCUGGUGCAUAUGGAGGAAACUUUGGUAGUCAAUUCGAUUUCGGUCAAUCAGGCUAUGGUGGCUCUGGCGGUUAUGGUGGCUAUGGCGGUUAUGGCGGCUAUGGUGGCGGUGUGCCUUUUGGUGGUGGUACGAUACCGCCUGCUUACGGAUCAAAUAUGAUGCACAUUCCUAGUCCUCCAGGUGGUAUCAAUAGUUUAGGUCCAGAAUGGAUUCGUUAUGGUUUUUAG